GAGGAGGAGGAGGAGGCGGAAGUAGAGGAAGACAGCAAGAAGAAGAAGUCGAGUAGAAAGAUGAAGAAAAGGAAUAUUUAGUUAUUUGUCUUCUUAUUUACUUAUUUGUCUUCUUAUUUACUUAUUUGUCUUCUUGUUUGUUAGUUGAAGUGUUGCGCCAGCAGACAGUAAAACAACUUUAGUGCAACAAUCAAAGGGAGAGCAGUCACUCCAUGUGUCCAUCUUGGACUAGUCAGCUGUGAUCCAACACAAGAAUAAUGUGACUUGUGUGUGGUCCUCAGAGCCAGGCGCCAUGGAGCAGGACUUCCAUGUCUGGUGACCACAGAGAUGGCUGAAGAGAGUUUCUACCUUCUGUCCCCCUGAGUAGUAGCCAGCAUGCUAGGAAAGGUGAAGCACAACUUCCUGCUGGUAUGUCUGCUCAUGAGUUCAGUCACCGUCUUCUACCUGGGCCACCACGCAAUGGAGUGCCAGCAGCAGGGGAAGGAGUCAGUGGGCGGGUCCAGGGCCCACAAUGUGAGUGCGUACAACAAAGACAUGCCGCUCAUCUUCAUCGGGGGAUUCCCCCGCAGUGGCACCACGCUGAUGAGAGCCAUGCUGGAUGCCCACCCAGAGGUGCGUUGUGGUGAGGAGACCCGUGUCAUCCCACGUCUUCUGGCCAUGAAGCAGAUGUGGAGCCGCUCAGGAAAGGAGAAGAUGCGUCUGGACGAGGCCGGCGUGACGGACGAGGUGCUGGACGCCGCCAUGCAGGCCUUCCUGCUGGAAGUCAUCGUCAAACACGGCGAGCCCGCCAACUUCCUGUGCAACAAGGACCCCUUCGCCCUCAAGUCUCUGUCUUACCUGGCCAAGAUCUUCCCCCGCGCCAAGUUUGUGCUGAUGAUCCGCGAUGGCCGCGCCUCUGUGCACUCCAUGAUCUCCCGCAAGGUGACCAUCGCCGGCUUUGAUCUUGGAAGCUUCCGGGACUGCCUGACCAAGUGGAACCGUGCUGUGGAGAGCAUGUACACUCAGUGCCUGGAGCUACCUGACAGGUGUCUGUCUGUCAGGUACGAACAACUGGUCCUCCACCCGGGAACAUGGAUGACAACGCUCCUCACCUUCCUCCACAUUCCUUGGAGUGACACCGUGCUCCACCAUGAGGAGCUCAUCGGCAAGGCAGGAGGAGUUUCACUCUCCAAGGUGGAGAGGUCCACAGAUCAGGUAGUUAAACCUGUCAACAUGGAGGCUUUGUCCAAAUGGGUGGGCAAGAUCCCAGCUGAUGUGGUGAAGGACAUGGCCGCCAUUGCUCCCAUGUUGUCCAGAUUGGGCUAUGACCCCCAAGCCAACCCCCCCCACUAUGGCAGCCCCGACCCCAAAGUUCUGGACAACACCAGGAAGAUCCAGCGGUCUGCAGAAAAGGUCCAUCCCAGCUAAGACCAGCAAGAUUUACAUCCUUUCAAUGUACAGGAAAGAACAAUAUCCUGGUCAUCUUCUUAUGAAAUAUUCUUCAAUCUGGGUUUGAUUCAACCUGAACUCACUCGUGUUCUUCAAUAUAUCGUCUGCUCUAUGGGAGGGAGUCAUAAUCAAUACCCUAUAAUUCUACCAAUCAGAACCAUAGCAUAAAUGAGUCAUCCUUUCAUAGUCACUGUACUAGCGAUGGUGGUAAUACAAAUAUUGUUUAUUCCUCAGAAUACAUUUUUAACAAUAGGAACAUAUUGACUUGGGAAUGAAAGCACACCUUAUUGACCUGCAUGACACGGUUACAAUGUGUAGUAUUUGUAUUCUAUCAUAAAACAUUUUACAGUACUGUGAUAUAGUAUGUUACAACAUGUAGUAUGGGUAUUCCAUCAUGAAACAUUUUACAGUACUGUGAUAUAGUAUGUUACAACAUGUAGUAUGGGUAUUCCAUCAUGAAACAUUUUACAGUACUGUGAUAUAGUAUGUUACAACAUGUAGUAUGGGUAUUCCAUCAUGAAACAUUUUACAGUACUGUGAUAUAGUAUGGUACAACAUGUAGUAUUGGGUAUUCCAUCAUGAAACAUUUUACAGUACUGUGAUAUAUGUUACAACAUGUAGUAUGGGUAUUCCAUCAUGAAACAUUUUACAGUACUGUGAUAUAUGUUACAACAUGUAGUAUGGGUAUUCCAUCAUAAAACAUUUUACAGUACUGUGAUAUAUGUAACAUCUCCUAUGUCUUCUCAUGACUAGAUUGUCUUUUAUUGACUCUGAUUGACAUUUUGCCAAUAAACCUAA